UCUAUCGCCAUCUCCAGCUCCAUCUCCAUCGCCAUCUCCAGCUCCAUCUCCAUCGCCAUCUCCAGCUCCAUCUCCAGCUCCAUCUCCAACGCCAUCUCACCUCUUCCGUAACCUUGACAGCCCUAAUCUGACGUCUUGAUCAAAUGCCAAAGUCCCAAGCCCAGAAGGCCUCCAAUAGCAGUCUGGGCGAUGGCGGCGGCGGCAAGAAGCCUCUGCCGCCCAAGCCGGCCACCACCGACUCGAGUGGCGAACCCAUCGACCCCAACAAGGCUACGCCCGAAGUCAUCUUUAGCACCAUGCGAGCCGAGGGAGACUUGCUUGCCCGCCAAGGCGACUUUCUCAAUGCCACCAAGGCGUACACCCUGGCCCUGGAGAUCCGGCCCGACGACUUGUGUUCGCUCAUUGCCCGGUCACGGUGCUACACCCUGACGGGCGAGCCCCAGCUCGGUCUCGAAGACGCCGAGCAUGCGCUGCGGGUCGAUCCGGCCUCGAUCCGCGGCCUCUACCAGCGGGCCGAAGCACUCUAUACCAUCGGUGACUUUGAGACCGCCUUGGUACACUACCACCGCGGCCACAUGCAGCGGCCCGAGAUUGUCGACUUUGAGAUGGGCAUUGUCAAGGCGUGCGAGGCCAUCAAGGAAGCCAUCGAGCGCAUCGACCCCACACGCAUGAAGGAGCAGCGACGCAGGAUGCUCGAGCAGGAGCGCCUCGCCUCCCCGACCCUCAGCAUCAUCAAGCCGGCAGACUUACAUGCCGGGCUGCCGCUGCCUCCGCCCGCCGGCAUCCCCAAGAAGUUCCGGGCAAGGAGCGCUGGGAGUAGCAGGGGCAGCAACUACGGCAGUCGUAUCGGGAGUGCCCGCGGACCCAAGGCCGCCCUUGCGCCCCUCGACGGCAACAGCGCCGAGGUGCAAAAGAACCUCCUCGAAGAGAUGUACGACGACAAGGUCUUCUUCCAGGAGCUCGCCCAGGACGAAUGCCUGCUGCGUGCCGGCAAAGGCGAGAUUGCCGACCUGAUCAACGAAGGGCUUCGGUACUUUGAUGCCCGCAUCGAGUUCUGGCGCCAGCGCAAUCCUGCUGGUGUUCAUGCCGUCACCGUGCCCAACCCGCUGCGAGAUCGGUUCCGAAGCCGCAUCAACUUUGCCAGAGACGCUCAGGCCAUCGCUGUCGACCGGAGGAUCAUGAGCAUGAGUUACAUUGGUGUCCCAAAGAAGGCUCCGAGCAAGCAGGUCCCCUCCCAGACGCGGUAAUCCGUCAAGCCGGUGUCUCCGAUCCCGGCGUGCCACAUCCUUGGAGCUGCCGCGAUUGAGGUGGCAGGCCGAGUGCUUGCCUUGCAGAAGUGGUUCAAGUGACCUGACAAAGAUAUACUCUCUUUAUAUAUACCUCUGCUCGUGAGAGGGAGCAGCGGGUGCCUGGGUCUCUCUGCUGCAGCCGCAACAAAGCAGGGCACUCUGGUUGACCAACUCGUGCCUCGAGAGGGGCUGGAUGAAUGAUGAUUGCUCCAUGGUCUCUGC